AUGGCUUUGAUUUUGAUGAAUUUACAUGUGCUGUUGGAUGGUGAUGAAGCCAUUCCUCACAGAUUGUUCAGAGAUCGCCAAAAUCCGCUAGACUUUCUAAGCGACCAAGCAAUUAUUAACGAUUAUCGUCUGGACAGGGAGAGCAUCUAUGAAUUGUGUGGUUUGCUUCAAAAUAAUCUGAUAAGGACAACCAAAAGGAAUAUGGCUCUCCCGGUUUCUUUGCAAGCAAUGAUUGCCUUGCGAUAUUAUGCUAGCGGAAGUUACAUGUCAGUUAUAGGAGAUGCCCAUGGUGUUAGUAAGAUGACUGUUUCUCGUGCCAUCAGGGAUGUGUCACUCAUUCUAUCAAACCAUGCUAGGUCGUACAUAAAAUUCCCCUUAACUAACAGGGAGCAAGCUAAGAUUAAACAGGAUUUCUUUGCGAUUCGAGCGUUUCCUAAUGUCCUUGGAGCUGUAGAUGGAAGUUUAAUACCCAUCCAUACUCCAUCAGAGGAAGAACACCUUUAUGUUUGUAGGAAAGGGUUUCACGCACUGAACAUACAGGGAAUUUGCGAUUCAAACUACAGAUUUCUCAAUAUCGUGGCAAAGUGGCCCGGAUCAACGCACGAUUCCCACAUCUGGAACAACUGUGGAGUUUGCGCUACUUUCGAGUCUGGUCAAAUAUCUAACGGUUAUAUGCUCGGAGACAGUGGCUAUGGUCUCAGACCUUGGUUAAUGACACCGAAAUUAGCACCAGCAACACCCGGUGAUCGGAGGUACAAUGUAGCUCACCGUGCAACUCGCUGUGUAAUAGAGAGAACCUUCGGUAUUUGGAAAAUGCGAUUUAGAUGUCUCCACAAAGGUAUUACUUUGUCCCCUGAAAGAUCAGUCCGUGUUAUUAUGACAACAGCAGUGCUGCACAACAUCUGCAUUGACAAAAGGCUUCCUUGUGAAGAUCUGCUGCCUGAUGACGAGGAUGACAAUCGAAAUGAAGACACCUUGUCAAACUCCCAGAUGGAUGAUUCCUUGCCAGGCGUCAGAGGUAGAGAAAGCGUCAUAGCAAGUGUCUUUACAAACAUUGAUUAA